AUGCAGUCAAAGAUACUCAAACUAGGCAUGCGAAGCAACGCAGCCACUGCAACGCAAUCCGCAGAUCUCCUUGAGCGUGCUGCGAUAGAGAACAAGCCUGAGGUUAUCGUCGAACUAGUUGAGAAAGGGACUGAUGUUAAUAAGAGACUCGCAAAUGACUGGACGGCACUGCACAUUGGCUCUGCCCACAACUACUCGAAUCUCGUGGGUAGAUUAUUGGAGCAGAAUGCCGAUCCAGAGCUGAGUCUGCCAGACGGAUCCACUGCUCUGCACAUAUCCGCUUUAAAUGGUCAUCACCAAGUCGUCGAAGUGCUCUUAAAUCAUGGAGCCAAGCCCGAUACAAAACGGGAACAUGAUGGCUUAACACCUCUGCACCUUGCUGCAGCAAAGUCCAGAAAACAGGCGCUCCAACUGUUGCUUGAAGCCCAAGAGAAAUAUGGCAUGGAUAUUGACCAGCCAGCGAAAAAUGGUGCAACAGUCCUGGAAUGCGCCUGUCAAAGCAGCAGCUUGGAAUGCAUAGAGAUGAUCGUGUCUGCCGGUGCAGAUGUUGAUGCCAUUGUAGAUUUACAAGGGCGGACACCGCUCAUGAUUACUGCAACUACGGAUAAUUAUCAAGUCGCAGAAAUCUUGCUCAAUGCAGGUGCUGAGAUUGAUCAUGUCCAUGAGCACAAUGGAAUUCCCGCAGUGACGGUAGCUGUAUUUUCCGGAAGUCUGAAAGUGCUUGAAACCCUUAUCUCAAGAGGCGCGAACCUCGACCUGAUGGGAAAAAAUGGAUAUGCACCACUCCGGGCAGCAAUCACGGGAAGUAAUUCAGAAGCAGCCAUGAUGCUGCUACGAAGCAGAGUCAAGGUUAACACACAGUACGAUGACCAUCAAGUGACAGCUCUGCAUCUUGCAGCCUCGCGUAGCCUGUACAAUGUGGUCGGGUCGAUCAUCAAAAUGGGAGCGGAUUUAAAAGCACUCGACAAGGAUGGCGACCCUCCUCUCCAGUGGGCUGUUCAUCGAGGGGACCCUAAGAUGUGCGAGAUUCUGCUUUCUCAUGGUGCUGAAGUGAACAGGAAGAAUGAAAAGACAGGAGAAGUGGUACUUCACUGGGCCGUAAGAGCGGGCCAUAUAAUGGUAACGGAAUUCUUGCUUGCAAAUGGAGCAAAUGCAUUGUUUGUUGAUUUGACCCAAAUCAAAAAAAGCGAGGAUGCGGACGAGGAAGACUUUGAGAUUUGUAAAGCCCUUCUUGAGACAGCCCCUGAUACAAGUGAUCAGCCAGAUGGAAAGCGACCAGGAUCACCGACUCUUCCUAAUCCUGAAGUGAAGGGUUCUGAUAACUUACUCCAGGGAGAGAAUGUGAAUGUCAAAACUCCAAUCGGUGAUUCAACAGAGGUGGUGCCGUCCGCAGACCAAAAAGAUCUUCCUCCUCAGAUUGAGUCAUCCAAAAUCUCAAAUAGCUUUCCCAAAAAUGACGAUGAGUCUACUGUUGAACCCUCCCUAGAUGCAUCGUCUCGCAGCGAGUUGCAGUUUUUGCUGCCAAAUGGCACCACCCUGAAAUCUUCAGUUGAGAAGUCAAAAUCUGAAGCCAGGCAGCAUCUCCGCAUCCUCGAAUCAGAUAUCAGAUUUUCGAUAUACCGGGCCAGGAGGAAGCAGCAGAAAGUAUCUUCCUCAAGUUGGGGAACGCAUUGUAUCACACUGGUGUCACUUGUGACGGCCCUCUUUGCACAGAUAAGAAGAUCUACAUCCAAGGAAUUCGCUUUAAAUGUACAUACUGCGAAAACACAGACUUUUGUCUCGCCUGUGUGA